GCACGGGCGCGCCCUCCGCGAUCUUCACGCCUCUCCUUCCCAACCUCGUUCGCUCCUUACCCUUGGUGACGCAUAUCUGUCUCCCCACCUCUUCCCACCACUCGAUAUCACCUUGCUUUCACACCCCACAAUUCGUUUCGUGCAACCUCAUCAUGGUGGACAGUAAGGUCCCCCAGCCGGGACCAGCCAAAUUGAAGCGCAAUGCAGGCCCGGACCAGUGGCUGGAGGCCGCCAAGGACUGCAAGUAUCUCUCGGAGUCCCAUAUGAAGCAGCUUUGCGAGAUGGUCAAGGAGUUCAUGAUGGAAGAAUCCAACAUCCAGCCCGUCUCCACGCCCGUGACUGUCUGCGGAGAUAUCCACGGCCAGUUCUACGAUCUGCUGGAGCUGUUCCGGGUCUCUGGCGGGAUGCCCGAUGAACCAGACGCAGAGCCGCCAAAGACGUCACCGUCCGUGAUCACUUCCGAGGAUAUCGAGCCCCCGUCCACCAUCACCGACCCGAAACUGCGGAAGAAGCUGAGGAACUCCGGAAACUCGGAAGACUUUGAUGAGAGCAGCAGUCAGAGGGGUCGGUCUGCGAGCUCAGGAUCAAAGGAACUGGAACUGAACCGGAACUUCGUCUUCCUCGGGGACUAUGUUGAUAGAGGGUAUUUUAGUCUGGAGACGUUGACGCUGCUGCUGUGCCUCAAGGCGAAAUAUCCUGACCGAGUCACGUUGGUGCGUGGUAACCACGAGUCCCGCCAGAUUACCCAGGUCUACGGUUUCUACGAGGAGUGCUUCCAGAAGUACGGCAACGCGUCUGUAUGGAAGGCUUGCUGCCAAGUGUUCGACUUUAUGACCCUGGGAGCCAUUAUCGACGGCAGGGUACUGUGCGUGCAUGGUGGACUGAGUCCGGAAAUCAGAACCUUGGAUCAAGUCCGUGUGGUCGCCAGGGCCCAGGAGAUUCCGCACGAAGGUGCUUUCUGUGACCUGGUUUGGUCCGAUCCGGACGACGUGGAGACAUGGGCUGUGAGUCCCAGAGGAGCCGGCUGGUUGUUCGGAGAUAAAGUCGCCGACGAAUUCUGCCAUGUCAACGACCUGACCCUCAUCGCCCGAGCACAUCAACUGGUGAACGAGGGCUACAAGUACCACUUCACCAACCAGAACGUGGUCACGGUGUGGAGUGCUCCCAACUACUGCUAUCGCUGCGGGAACCUGGCCUCCGUGUGCGAGAUCGGGGAGGACCUCAAGCCGAGCUUCAAGCUGUUCAGCGCCGUUGGUGACGACCAGCGACACGUUCCGACAUCGCGGCCGGGCCGCAGUGAGUACUUUCUGUAAGAUAUCGCAUCAUUGUGCUAUUUUUUUCUCGUCCGCUUGUGUGGCAAGACAUGAGGCGUUACUGCACCGGCGCUGGCGUUGGGAGUGAUAAGAUGGCGCCUAUGCUCGUGGGUGAGACAGGUUAUGAGCAUCAUAUAUUACGAUCUGGGACAGUUAAUGAGGUGUGGUUAUACAUGGUACAGUUUGGUCGGGGGGUUGGUAGUUUAUUGUCGCAUUAUGAUGAAUUGGAUGAUUGUUAUGAU